CGAUACCACAUCUCAUCUCUCAGUUCACUGCUAUCUGAGCUGCAAUGGCUUGUAGAACUCGUGUUAGGCUUUGGGCUCUUGCCUUCCUCGCUCUUCUGAGCCUCGAGCUCACCUUCGCUGCUAGAUCCCUAGUUGGAACUAGCGCCGCUGGUGGUGGCGGCGGCGGUGGAGGAGGUGAAGGUGGAGGUGGUGGAAGUGGUGAUGGGGGGUCCGGAUAUGGCUCCGGCUCCGGCUCCGGCGCUGGAUAUGGUGAGGGUGCCGGUGGGGGCAGUGCUGGAGGGUAUGGAAGAGGUAGAGGUGGCGGCGGUGGCGGUGGCGGUGGCGGUGGCGGGGGAGAAGGCGGAGGUGAAGGCUCCGGCUCUGGUGAUGGGAGUGGGUAUGGCUCCGGUUAUGGAGAGGGUGCUGGUUCCGGAAACGCUGGAGGAUAUGGCAGGGGUCGCGGUGGCGGCGGCGGCGGCGGUGGAGGCGGUGGACAAGGUGAUGGUUCAGGCGCUGGCUAUGGCUCUGGCUCAGGCUCAGGCUCAGGCUCAGGCUCAGGCUACGGUUCGGGCGCUGGUGGUGGUCAGGGCGGAGGUUAUGGCAGUGGCGGAGGCGGUGGAGGCGGCGGCGGAACGGGCUCUGGCACGGGCUCCGGCUCCGGCUCCGGCUACGGUUCCGGUUCCGGUUCUGGCUACGGUAGCGGUGGAGGAAAUGGCCACCACUAGAUUUACGCAUACAGAUGUUGGAAGGUAGCAGGAAUAAAAGCUUUAAGGUUGUAUCAGCAGAAGUACAGUAUGAUGCGUGGAGAUGAUGAAAUAAGUGAUGCUUGUGUAACACCGUAUAAGUGGAACUUGCUUUAUUGCUUAUAAUAAAUAUAUCAAGAAUGCUUAUUGCAA